CCUAGAUAAGUACGAGCGUAAUUGUUAAUCAGUAAAGAUGAAGAGAGUGGCGUUGUUAUUUCUUUCAGUGUUUGUUAUCAGUGAGGUUUGUUCAGAGUCGUCAAAAUACACAACAAAAUAUGAUGACGUUGAUUUGGACGAAAUUAUCAAAAGUGAUCGACUUUUAAAAAAUUACGUUAACUGUCUUUUAGAAAAAGGCAAAUGUACUCCUGAUGGUGCUGAACUUAAAAGAAUAAUACCUGAUGCCUUGCAAACAGACUGUUCAAAAUGCAGUGAGACACAGAAAAACGGCAGCAAAAAACUUAUUCAUCAUUUGUAUGACAACAAACGUGAGUGGUGGAAUGAGUUGGAAGCUAAAUACGACAAAGAUGGUAUUUACAUUAAAAAAUAUGCAUCCGAAUUUGACAAGAGUGCAUGAGAAAGCUAACAUAAACUUGGCGCCGAUAUGUCAAAUUUAAAAACUAAUUGUAUACUAUUAUUAAUAAAAGUAUGUUUAGGA